AGUAUUCGCGUUCGCGGCUCCCAAAUCCGCCCGCUGUUUUUGUUUUCUUCAUCUUAUCCUUCUUAUUUUCAUCUUUAACGCCGUCUUCUUUCCUUCGAACCUUCCGCCCUUCCAUUUAUGGUUUUGUUCUAUGAAUCACACCCCUUUCCCUUUGUUUUCCUUCUUCUUUUCUUUGAUUAAUCCAGCUUCCAUUCUGUUUUUUUCGGGAUCUGGGUUUCUAAGUUUAUUCGAUUCCAAUUACUCCUUCAGAUCUAAUCGGGGUUUUUUAUUUUUUCACGCCCAAAUCGCUUGAUGAGGGACUGUUUUGAUCUUCUUUUUUGAUUUGUUUUCAUGGAUCUUAGGUAGCUUAUCCGAUUGAUUGAUUUGUUUUGUGGUGUGCUGUUAAUUAUUGGGGUUUUCUUACGAUGGUCACUGUUAAUCUUGGAAUGCUUCAUUAUGUGUUGGACCAUGUGUAUGGUGCAUUUGUGCACAGAACCAAGAUCAGCCCACCGUUUUUCUCGAGGGGAUGGGGUGGUUCGAAGCUGGAUUUGCUUGAAAAGAUGAUCAAACAGUUGUUCCCAGAUAUGGUAGGCCAGAAUUUGCCUCCCAGUUUGAUUAGACCCAUUUGGAGAACGGUUUGGGAGAAUGAGAGUGCUCGUUUGAGAGAAGGGGUUUUCAAGACCCCUUGUGAUGAACAGCUUCUUGCUGCAUUGCCUCCCGAGAGUCAUAAUGCAAGGGUUGCUUUUCUCAUGCCUAAAUCUGUGCCAACCCACAAGAUGUCUUGUGUUGUUCAUUUGGCAGGGACUGGUGACCAUACAUUUGAAAGACGACUACGUCUUGGGGGGCCAUUAUUGAAGGAAAAUAUUGCAACCAUGGUGCUUGAGAGUCCUUUCUAUGGUCAGCGACGACCCAUGCUGCAAUCAGGUGCCAAACUCUUGUGUGUUAGUGACUUGCUUUUGUUGGGAAGAGCAACCAUUGAAGAGGCUCGCAGUCUUUUACAUUGGUUAGACUCUGAGGCAGGGUUUGGAAAGAUGGGUAUUUGUGGGCUUAGCAUGGGAGGAGUACAUGCUGCAAUGGUUGGAUCUCUACACCCUACACCAAUUGCGACGUUUCCUUUCCUUUCUCCACACUCUGCUGUUGUGGCAUUCUGUGAGGGAAUUUUAAAGCAUGGAACUGCUUGGGAAGCAUUAAGACAGGAUCUUGCAUUGCAGAAGUCUGCCAUGACCCUUGAGGAGGUUAGAGAACGGAUGCGGAAUGUACUCUCUCUUACAGAUGUCACACGCUUUCCGAUCCCGAAAAAUCCCAAUGCUGUCAUACUUGUUGCAGCUACUGACGAUGGCUACAUUCCGAAACACUCUGUGCUCGAGCUCCAGAAAGCUUGGCCUGGUUCAGAAGUAAGAUGGGUGACUGGUGGUCAUGUGUCUUCCUUCAUUCUACACAAUAACGAGUUUCGUCGGGCGAUUGUUGAUGGGCUCGACAGACUCGAAUGGAAAGAAUCGCCAUUGUGACACGAAGCUUUGCACCAAAUAUGUAAAGAUGGUGGCUUAUUUCUUUCUUUCUUGUUUUCUUCUUAUUCUGUGGAUUUGUAUCAUUCAACCUGUAAAUCUGAUAUGAUACUAUUCUGCGAUGUCUGCUUUUUCCUAAUUUCACGUUCAUAGUUAUAAACAUUAGACAACACUAUUCAGAAGCAAUGCCUAAAAUUACAGUGUGAUCGCA